AUGGCCUGUGGACUGGUUUCCAUGACAUUAAGGGGUCUGGUGUCGGUGGUGAUUCUGCUGUGGACUGUCACAUCCACAGAUGGGGGAGGUGAGUAACAGCCAUCAUCAGUCUGUCUUAGUUCAUCUGUCUUUACCUUCUUCUAUCUGUCUCAAAAUAUUACAUUCCAAAAUAACUCCUACGUAGUCCAAGUCCCUAGGCACACCUUUGGCUCUAGUGUAGCAUGAGCAUUAAAUAGUUGUAAGCAUUGUGGUGAAAACUCUACCUAGCUAGAUUACCAUAGCAGACUCAAUAUCAUAGGAAAAUGACCAUAUAGCUGUAAAACAAGCUUCACUGAAACAUGAAUUACCAUAGAUCAUAAACAUGUUGGUCAUUACAGAAGACUGCCAAAUUGAUUCAAGAGCAGACUUUUCCUGUUGUGUGUAGUGAUCUGUGGCCACUUCCACUCUAAGGCCAAGUGUUAUACACUGAUUAUACCAAUUUGGCCAGUAAACCCCCGUUUUGCCAUCAGAACAGCCUCAAUUCGUCGGGGCAUGGACUCUACAAGGUGUCGAAAGCAUUCCAAAGGGAUGCUGGCCAAUGUAGACUCCAAUGCUUCCCACAGUUGUGUCAAGUUGGCUGGAUGUCCUUUGGGUGGUGGACCAUUCUUGAUAAACACUGGAAACUGUUGAGCAUGAAAAACCCAGCCACGUUGCAGUUCUUGACACAAACCGCUGCGCCUGGCACUUACUACCAUACUUUGUUCAAAGGCACUUAAAUAUUUUGUCUUGCCCAGUCACCCUCUGACUGGCACACAUACACAAUCCAUGUCUCAAUUGUCUCAAUGCUUAAAAAUCCUUCUUUAAACCUGUCUCCUCCCCUUCAUCUACACUGAUUGAAGUGGAUUUAACAAGUGACAUCGAUAAGGGAUCAAUAAGCUUUCAUCAAUAAGUUUUCACCUGUAUUCACCUGAUCAGUCUAUGACAUGGAAAGAGCAGGUGUCCUUAAUGUUUGGAAUCCUCAGUGUAUAUUAAUCAUCCUGUGGUCAUGUGAAGGACUAUGAGGUCUCAUCAAAGUCUCUGUGAUUGUUUGAACAACUUUAUAGGAUGAAUCAGUGAUUCAACUUAACAGAUGGGUCAGGCUAAGACGGUUUAACAACGUAAAUGUUUGCUGAAUGGGUGUGUGGUAUGAUUAGGGGCAUGAAGGAAGUGUAUUAGUUCAGGUCUGACUGGAGUCUUUACUUUAGAUUGUGAUUUUAGUUAGAAGUUAGGUGCUGUCGGUGUGGAGGGGGGUGGGUGGAGGACAGAGGAGGACCACAAUGACAGAUUAGACUCAGGUUAAUAUUAACAAUAUUAACAAUAUUAACAAUAAUAACAGGUUAAUAACACUCUGAUAUAAACCAAGGGCCUACUCACUUUACCAAGGUAUCUGACUAAUGGGGAGUAUAGGAGUCUGUGUUUGAAUCCCAUCUUGUCCAGAUGCUCAUUUAACGUGUGUGUUUAUUCUCUUGCAGACAUCCAUGUAACCUGUCUGUUCUCAGAGGAUUGUGUCCUGGCCUGCAGCUUCCAGCCUGGCAGUGAGUUAGUCAUCCACUGGCUGAAACCAGAAGACAAGGACCUGAAUGUCCACUCCUACUACUACAGUACAGAUCAGCUCGAACAGCAGAGCCAGCGUUACAGAGGGAGAACAGCCCUGUUCAAUGACCAGAUCCCCAAAGGAAACGCUUCAUUACUGCUGAGAGGACUCACACUCCAGGACCAGGGCAGAUACAAGUGUUACACCAGCACUAUUAAAGACCACAAGGAGUCCUUCAUUAACAUGGCAGUGGAGGGUACGGAAUGUCUGUCUGUCUGUCUGUCUGUGAUGAUCACUUUAUGGCUGCUCCAUGUGUAAUGUCUACUUUGUUGCAGCUCCAGUCCGCUUGGUGGACAUACAGUUAUCAGAUGACAUCAUCACCUGCAAUUCUACAGGUAUCUACCCUGAGCCUAAACUCACCUGGUCCACUGACCCCCCCUCUGACCUUUCAUUUGACCCUGGAACCAUCCAGAACUCCACCAGCACCAAGGUGGAUGACGGGGGCCUCUAUGACAUCACCAGCACAAAACAGUUUAUCAGAGACCGAACCAACAUCUGUAAUGUGACCUCUGGGACAGUAGAAAGGACAGCAACCCUGAAACAGCAAGGUAAUCAAUUGAUCAACCUAUUAAUCAAACAAUUUAUAAAUCAAUGAAUAAAUUCAUCAAUCAAUGUUUUUGGCUAUAAACUCUACAAAAACAAGACAACAUUGUGAGACAGAAUAUGCAACGAUCAAUCAAAAAAGGCACUUUCUCAUGACAUAAUUUCAGAUCCGGUCCAGGGUUCUCCAAGCAGUGAAGUGUCCAUCCCCUGCAGCGUCUCUCAGUCUGACCUCAAGACCUUUAACCUCACCUGGAGGUUCAACCAGAUAGACACCAUCCUCAAUUCUACCUACACCAAGGGUACAUCUCAGAUGUAUAUUGAUGACCAGUGGAAGGAGCAGGUUCAGAAUUUGUCUGACUCUGGCAGCCUUCAGCUCCACAAGCUAACCAUGGUCUACCAGGGAAUCUACAGCUGUGAACUAUCUACUGCCAGAGACUCACACCUGGUCCUCACCUACCUGGAGAUCACACCUGAUAAACCAUCUGAUGGUACAAAGUUUACUUUUACUAUUUACCCUCACUGUAAGUCACAUGAUCACAUUCAACAAUAAAACUGCAACUCUGUAUUUUCUCCUUCAGUUUCAGAUGGACUGAGUCCAGGUUCAAUCACUGGUAUAACAAUAGCAGCAGUAGCAGCAGUGAUUAUAGCAGCAGUGAUAUGUCACCUGCUGAGAGGUAAGUUAUGAUGAUGAUGACAUCAUAAUCUGUUGAACCAUUUAACAUAACCACCUCCUGAUGGACAGAGAGGAGGGUUACAUUGGUGGCUUUUGAUGAACAGCUUUCAGAUUCUGCUAUUUUGCUGUCUCCCAUGUCAUAGUUUUCUGCCCCCAAUGCCGAAGU